CGAGGCGGCGCCUCACGGAGCCGCGCUGAGGAGUGAGCGCUGCGGAGCGAGCGCAGCCCGGCGCGCGCCGCCUCCCCUCACGCCCCGGUCGCGCGUUCCCGCUUCCCGCCUUUUGUCGCCCCCCCGCCCCCCCCUCAGCGCGGCCGGCGAGCCCGGGGCGUUAGUGCGCCUGUUAUGAGGUGGUGGCUCUGAGACCUCCGAGGCCAUGGAUAAAGAAAAACCAUUUAAAUUGUUCGUGCCGCCGCGCCUGAGCGGUGGGCAGGUGUCUGCGGUGAAACCACAAGCCAACGCUCGGGCAACGGGGCUGUGUCAGGUAACCGGUCCGGUGCGCGGCUCCGGAGGCGGCGGCUGAGGGGCGGGAGCGGGAGGCGAAGGGGCCGUUCCACGGGUCCUCCCGGCUGCUUGUCCCCACACGAAGUCCUGAACCUUCCGCCCUGGAAAGCACAUGCAUAUAUAUGUGUAAAAGCGUGUGCGCUGAACUCGUUUUUCUGCAAAUUUAAGAUUGCUGCUGCAGGGGGGGGGGGGACCACCUUAAAUUUUAGUUUCAAAGACAUGACUUUUUUCUAUCAAAACCAAAGACAAUCAUCUUCUCGAGCAUCUGCUAUGUAUUUUAACUGUACACCUGCAGUGAUAAACACGUUUGAUGUGGGUGAUUCAGAACAGUAAGGGGGAAAUACACCACCCUGAUACCCUUACUUGAUUUGAUUUAUUGGUCCCACCAGAUCAGGUGUGCAGUGAAAACGUUUUGUCGCUAUGCUCUCUGCAUUCAACAAGAUGUUUUUUCAUGUUGAGGCUCAUUAUGAAAUAUUAGGUUCAAAUGCGAUAAUCUGAGCGGAGACGAGCUACACUAUUUACAACACAAAUCUAUGUGAAUUUUAAAACAGCUUAUAAAAUGAAAUUUUCAUGCUAAAACAUGAUGUGUUUUAGAAGUACUCUUCAGAAUAAAGCAAAAAAUAAGUAUCAAAUACGGGACUUCAGAAAAGUCAUUUUGGUUAACGAGUCCUUUACUGCGCAGCUGUGCACGGCUGUGCAAUAGCUCGGAGGUUCUUGUCAUCAAAAUCUUCCACUGACCACAGUGUGGUCUAUAAAGCGAACUAGAAAGGCCAACAAUUUGAAAAGCCACUGUGAAGAAGCAAGCAGGAGAGUUCCAAAGCCAUUACCAAUACCUUGGGCUUUGAAAACUGUAGGUAAUUGAUUUAUUAAUGGAAAAUUCUAUUCUCACGUCAGCUGUACUUUUUUUCUGGGUUUUAUAAUCUUUGCAAAUCUGCCCAUAAGAAACUAAUUUUAAAAUUUGUGCAGGGUUUUAACAAAUGUCCAGAUGAUGACUUUAAUAUGCCGUUUUUAACAAGUACACCGAACUGUGGUGAAAUCUCUGAUUCAGGUAAGACUAAAAUAAGCAUUUACCUUGCACAUUCUUUUAAAAUUGUUUGCUAUUGUCAACAUUUUUCCUGAGUACUUUAACAAUAUCAUAGCUGUAACACUGUUAAAUACAGUUCCGCUGUUAUUUUUUUAGAAAUACAUUGAUCAAAAUAUCUUAAUUUUUCAGAUGCAAUUUCACAGCAAGUAAAACUUUGCUCUGAGGUAGAUGAAGAGGUCAGCUAAGUAUAAACUCUGCAUCUCUCUCAUUUCUUAGAGCCUCUUAAUUUGUUCCCCAAACAGUCCCUACUCUUCAGUAUAUAUGAUAGGGCUAAAGGAAGGAGUCAAAGGGGAAUAAUAAUUUCCUGUCUCCUAUUUAAAGCUGAAUCACAGUUAUCAUAGUUAUCUUUAAGGCGAUCUAUUUAGCAAUGUCACUAAAUCGGAAGGCACUGGGGUAUUUUUCACUUGUGUUUAUGUCUCCUGUUUGUUCUGUAAUGUCUGUUGGUACAUAUGCAGUGGAUGCACAAAGAUUUAAACUUUGAUUCCUGAUUGUAUAUAAGCCUGUGUCACCAUCUAUGGAAAAAAAAUGACGAUAUUUCCGAGAUAAAUAUGUAUCUGAAACUUUAUUAAUUAAAUAGCAUUUGAGAUUAAAUUGUGGAACCUGUUUUAAUAGACUAUAGAAACAAUGAAUGAGUUGUAUUCAAAACUCUACAAAGAGGCUGAGAAGAUCAAGCGGUGGAAACUAACUGUAGAAUCGGAACUAAAGCAGAAGGAAAGAAAACUGCAAGAAAACAGAAAGAUCAUUGAGGCACAGCGUAAAGCCAUUCAAGAAUUGCAGGCCAGUAUUGUACAAUAUACAUUGAAUAUGUAAAGACAAAGUUCUUCCUGAUUUAGUAUGAAUUUAUUAUUCAUACAGUUAAAUAUUAAAGAGUGUUGCAGAGGCAGAAUAAAUUUUGAAUUGUUAAUGUGACGGCUUCGAAGAAGCCAUUUGGCUGGAUACCAGUGACCUAUGGCUCUACUGUUACUAAAGGAAAAAGCAACAUUUUGUUUUUUAAAAAUGGUUUUCCUCUUUUUAACGAUGCGCAUUCCAUCUUUGUAUUAUUUACAUGCACAUCGUACCGUGGGUAUGCAGAAACCUGUUCAAGACUGAAUAAGCUUUAAUCUUCCUAGUAUGUGUAAAGUAUGCUCAUGCAUAUUUCUGUAUUCAGCACAUACAGGUGUAUAUCACUAACAUACCUGUAAGUGUUCCAGUUGCUGGUAAAUGAUUGUUUAUUAGUAUGUCGUUCAUGCCAACUAUAACAAAAGGCAGCUCAGAUGUGAGUGAAGGUAUAUUUCUAGUAUAUUUUUCUGUAACAAUGUGGUCUUAUUUUUGUUCCCUAUGAAAUCAGUUUGAAAACGAAAAACUAAGUUUAAAACUGGAAGAUGAGAUAUGUGAAAAUAAAGAUCUCUUGAAAGAGUAAGUAAUGCACUCAAAUAUAGCUUUGUGAAAAUAGUCAAGUUUUGUGCUGAGAACUGUAUUAGUAAGGGAAGUUACAUAGAGCUGUUAAAUUUAAAGAUCAUCCGGGCAUUUACGUUGUUACUACACAGGUAUGCAAAGUGCGGGGCAUUCCUGUGACAACAUAUUACAGUAUUUUUUUCCCUCUUAGAAACAGCGUUUCAAGGCAUCUGUGUAAUCUGCUCAAGGAAACCUGUACUCACUUCACAGAGAAGUCCACCAAAUAUGAACACGAAAGAGAUGAAACAAGACAACUAUACGUGGAACUUAAUAACAAUGUUGAAUCCUCAGGCACCUCACCUGUUUCCCAAGACUUGGCAAAGAUGAUGGAGAGUGGUCCAGCAAUGACCUAUUGAAUUUUAUUUUUAGAAAAUGAUAACGGCAUUUGACAAGCUUCGUGUGCAAGCAGAGAACACCAGAUUGGAAAUGUGUUUCAAAUUAAAAGAAGAAGCAGACAGAGUGGACAAGUUUGAAAAAGAACGCAAACUGGAAAUCAGUAUGAAGGAAAAACAGAUUUCAGUUCUUACAAUACAGAGUGAUGAAAAAGAUGAUAUAAUAAGAGAGAUCAAGACUCAGCUGCAGGAAUCCAAAAAUAAGAUUGCGGACUUAGUAGAAGCCAAAAGACACGAAGAAGAAAUGCUAAAGGAAUCCCAGAUCAAGCUAGAACAUUUGAGGGCGGAACUGGAAGAGGCCAAUGUUUUCUUGCAAAAAGCAGAGAUUGCUCAAAAGAGCUUAGAAACUGACUUGCAGACUGCGGUGGAGGCAUUAGCUCAGGUCACUGCAGAAAAAGAAGCACAGAUGGAAGAAUGUGAAAAAACUAAGGCUUUGCAUUCGUGCCUGAGAGAGGAAUUUGAGACUUCUGUUUCCAAUUUGAAAAGCUUGCUGCAAAAAGAGCAAAACAGAUCGGAGAAAUACGAGGACGAGUCAAAGCGACUUACCCUGGAGCUCAGAAAUAAGUCUGCUGAACUGGAAGAGAUGACUAAACUGAAAUGUGACAAAGAAAUACAACUUGAAGAGCUGUCAGAAACACUGGAAAAAGCUGAAGGUCUUCUAGAGAAGAAGAAAGGUCUUGAGGCUACUGUAGAAAAUUUGCAGCAGAGAGAAAAAGAAACUAAAAGUGUUCUCCAGAUCAGAGAGAAAGAAAUCCAUGAUUUGAAAGUACAGCUGACUAGUACAGCUGAAAAGGAACAAAAUUAUUUAAAUCGGCUUACGACACUGAAUACAGAUCUUGAACAAGAGACGCUAAGGAAUGAACAACUAACAGCGUCUAUCAAUAAGCUUUUAUUAGAAAAAGAACAAAUAGAACAAGAGAAAAGUGGUAUGGCUACAGAACUCAAGAAACUGCAAGAAAGUAAUGAGGAUAGUAGAAAAAAAGAAGAAAAUGCAAAGCAGCUAGUGGAAAACCUGGAAGAAGCAAAUGACCAGCUGAGAAAUGAACUGGAGUCUUUGAAGGAGAAGAUGGUGAAGAAAGGUGAAGAGAUUCAAAGUCAACUGGAUGAAAGAGAAGAAAAUGCUAAGAGUAUUGAAAAUGAAAUGUCAAGAAAGGAAAAGCAGUUGAAGAUUCUAGAAAAUAAGUUGAAUAAUGUAAAGAAACAGGUGGAAAAUAAAAACAAAUGCAUCGAAGAGUUGCAACAGGAGAAUAAGGUGCUGAAAAAGAAGAUUACUGCAGAAAGCAAGAAAACAAGUGCUUACGAAGGGAAGGUGAACAAAUUACAGUUAGAGAUGGAAAAUAUGAACAAGCAACAUAAGGAAACAGUUGAUAUCUAUCAAAAAGACAUGGAAGCAAAGAAAGUAAAUGAAAAUAAACUUCUUGAAGAGGUAGAAAAGAUGAGGUCACUUGCUGACAAAGCAACAGUAGCACAAAGAGAAACCGAUAUCCAGUGUCGGCACAAGAUAACUGAAAUGGUGGCGCUUAUGGAAAAACACAAGGGUGAAUAUGAUAAAAUGGUUGAAGAAAAAGAUACAGAGUUGAAACUUUGUAAAAUAAAAGAGCAAGAGCAGUUGUCAUCCAAACGAUCAUUGGAAAGUGAGCUCUCAUCUUUGAAAAGUGAACUGUCAUCCCUUAAGGAACAACUUAAAGCAGAAAUCGAAGAGAAGGAGAAUCUUGCAAAAGAACGCCCCCAAAAUACGCGUCCUGAAAAUGAAAAGAAGAACAAGAAAAUACAAACUGAUUUUUCUGAGACUCCUAAGACUCCUUUAGAUCUGGAGUGUGCAUCCAUUAAUGUAAAAACAAAAAAGUCUCCAUAUGAUAUUCCUACAAAAGCCAGCAUGAUGGAAAAGAAAAAAAUGCCUCCUUCAGUAUCCACAAAAAGUCCCUUGCGUAGUCCAUUGUUAAAGACAUAUAGUAUAAAGACUCCUCCAACACCUAAACUGCAAAGUGAAAGCACAAAUCUGUAUUCGGACCAGUGCAUGAGGAAGAAGCAAAAGGUGCUUCUACAGCUGGAUGCUCAUUCAGACAGCUCGGAACACAGCGACCUCCUGAGCAUGGUCUCAGAGGAAGAAAUGUUCAAAAAGUUGUACAAAGAUUAUCCUCAAGCUUCACAAUUAUGCGCCAUGACACCAAAAAAGAAACCAACUACAUCAAACUUGAAAACUCCAGGCUCUGUACUGAAACUUACAACCAUGAGGAAAAUGCGAGAGGCUGGCUGGGCCACAGUGUCUAAAAUGGACAGGAAACGGAAAAUGAAAGAGGCUGAAAAGCUCUUUACUUAAAAUGAAAAAGUGACUAGUGCUCUAGCGUUAUUGAAUUAGUACAACCACAGGAUUUUUGUUGUUUCAGAGUUAGGACAUCGUUGCGUUUUUAUGUCCUACUCCAUAGUGUAAUUACAUAGAAAGCUGUUUCAAAAAGAUAAAAACAUGUCUGGGAUUACACAUAGUGCUUCUAAAGAAAUUCAGUUUUGUUCUUUUAAAUUGACUCUCUUAAAUGUAGUUUCUUGAUACAUAAGUCACAACAGGACAUUAUUUAGUGAAAGAAGUACUGAAGUUGUUAAAAUGCACGCUCUUGUACCUGAAGUGGUCUUGCUUUUUUGUUCAUUUUAAAUGUUGUCAGAACUGUCUUUUUAGACUCGUGUUUUCAGCAGCUGCUAUUUCAGCUUGUUAAAACAGUUUUGAAACUUUAAAAAUGCAAUUUUCAAUAUCAUUACGUUGGUUUAAAAAUAUUUCAGCUUCUCAAGGAAUAAAAUAUACACACGUUUCAAGAUUGCAAAAAUAAUGUUAAGAUGUUAUUAAAUUGUUUAUCUGAACCAUAAA